AAGGAAAUGUGAUCAUCAGUGUAGAUUUCCCUGGACGUCUGAAAGCAGUGCACUGCAGGUGCAACAAAUGAAAACAUCUGCACAACUUGUGAGAGCUGCAACUUGAUAGAUGCAUACCACAUCGAUAAAAUGGAAGCAACCACAUCACAGAGAAACAAUGCAGACGACCCACCGCGCUGACUACAAGCCCUUCAGUGAACACUACAUGAAGAUGUUCCAGUACCGCAUCAUGCCCACCCCUCCCUCCUACGACAGAACACGCCCACCCAAGAUGGAGGAUGACAUUUUGGCCAAGUCCCGCAGGUACUGCUACAAGACCAGCAACAGUAUCUAUGGAAGCUCAUGCUUCACUCAGAAGGGAAAGUGCCUGACUGCGACUGUCCUGGGGAAAAAAACUGAGCCCGCACCCCCUAAGGAGGAGGAGCAGAAAGAGGCCCAAGCGGGGAGUCCUUCCACUGGAGAUGAGAAGAAGCCGUCUGCAGCUCCCCCUAAGGCAGAGUCCACAGAGACGCCCACCUCCACCACUCUGGCCGCAACCUCUGACACCACAGCAACCACCACCCCCACCACCAACAGCAGCAGCGACAAGACAUCAUCGCCUUCGUCUGCUGCUAAGGAAACCUCAGUCUCGGCAGCCGCCACCAAGCAAUGCAGUGAUGGUGACGCACCGACCGUCACCUCGCCUGCCCCUUCAUCUGCUGCCCCUGACACUUCCUCAGCCAAGGACUCCAAGGACGCAUCUCCAGGCAACCCAAGCAUCAAAGCAACUGGGAAGUGCAGUGACACCAGCGUCGUGAAGGACGCCGCUUUGCCUGUUGCCGGCGACGCCACUAAGGCCGCAGACAAGCUUCCACAAAUUGGCAGCGGAGAAGGUGGUUUGGCGCAGCAGGUUCCUCCAAAACGAGAGGCUUGGAAGCUGAAGUCCACCACCUCCUAUGAGGACUUCCUGAGGGAUAUGUGCAACUCGGUGCGCCAGGAGCGCUUGCUCAACCAGCGCUGUGCCACCAAAACCAGCGCUGUCCUAACAGGUCUUCAGACACAGCACAGCGCUAUCCACAAAGGCCACGUCCGCAAGUUCCCCCAAGAUGACAUAUCCAGCAGGCUCUUCUCCUACCGGCUACCAAGGCGUCUGUGCUUCGUGUCGGAGUACACGGACAAGUUUGGACUCCUGCAGAGGCCGUCGUUGCCUCCCAGCGCAGGGCGUAACCUGAGGCCCGCUACGGCGGUCCGGGCACAGGUCGUCACCCAGCAGACGCCGGCCCUGGCACCGGCACCGGGGCCACUGGCACCUAAACGCUGUGUCACCAUGUGCUCUGAAUACACGUCCAGCUACCGCCACCCGAGCACCAGGACCAUCAGGCCAAAGACAGGUUGAAUCUUGGGGAAGAUGAUUCAACCAAACUAGAAUCAUCUUCAGAACAGCAAAUCUCCACAUUAAACUAAGACCAAGUUCCACGGAUGUAUUUUACUUUAACCCCCAGAGGCCCAACAUUAUAAUAUUGCAUUAAAGUCUAUGAAAGUUAA